CACUGGACAAAGUCCAUAGUUUGUUUUCAUUUCAACACUGUUGAACACAGGGCAGGUCAAAUACUGCGUACAUUUAUGUGGCAGUGAGUUGUGUGUUCUGGAAAGAUGGCAGAGAGACUGAGAACAAUACUUGGGCAUCUGAAUUCUGAUGCUGUUAUAUCUCCAAGUCCAGCAUCCUCUGGUGCAGUUCAUUCUGGGCUGCAGUCAUUUCGAUACACAUUAGACAAUCCUGUGUUGUCCUAUGAGCAAAGGAAGUUCUACGAGGACAAUGGAUACAUAGUGAUAAGGAAUCUGGUACCCAAGGAAAAACUAGAUGUUUAUAGAGAACGAUUUGAGCAGAUAUGCAGGAGGGAAGUUGAAAUUCCUGGUUUGACCAUAAUGAGAGAUGUAGCUAUCGCUCGGUCAGAGUUUGUUCCAGGGGAACAGGCAGUGACCAAACUUCAGGAGUUUCAAACUGACGACGUCUUGUUUGGAUAUUGUGAACUACCAGAGAUUAUCAAGUUUGUGCAGGCGUUCACAGGAAAAGAAGUCAAGGCCAUGCACACUAUGUUGAUCAACAAACCCCCAGAUCCAGGCAAGAAAACCUCAAGACACCCUCUACACCAGGACCUGCACUACUUCCCGUUCCGACCAGCGGACAGGGUUGUCUGCUCUUGGACAGCCAUGCAGAAGGUCAACCGAGAAAAUGGCUGCCUGGUCGUACUGCCUGGUACUCACAAAGGGGAACUACUCCAACAUGACUAUCCUGAAUGGGAGGGAGGUGUCAACAAGAUGUACCAUGGGGUCAGAGACUUUGAUCCCAAUGCUCCUAGAGUCCAUCUGCCCAUGGACACCGGGGACACCGUGUUCUUCCAUCCUCUGCUGAUUCAUGGAUCAGGAAUGAAUAAGACAAAGGGGUUCCGAAAGUCUAUUUCAUGCCAUUAUGCAUCUGCUGACAUUAACUUCAUUGAUGUCAAAGGCUCCAUUCAAGACGGGGUGGAAAAGGAAGUUUUUGAAAUGGUUCACAAAAAACUGGUUGCCAGAGGAGUUGACCCCACAAAAUUGACAAUGAAGGACCUCUGGAUGUUAAAGAGUAGAGAUGUAUCUCUGCCUCUGAAUUAGAUUGGAGUUUGAUGGUUUACCAAGAGACAUCAUAUGAUUAUGUACUGAAUUUUUUUAAAAAUCAACUUGGUGAUUGUGAAGAAAAAAACUGUGAAUCAACAGACGUUAUAAUGUUUCAAUUUGAUAUAAGAGAAAUGACACUUAAAAAAACUCUCUUGCAUCAUUUCGUGUAGAGCUGUGAUAUAUAUUGAUUUAAAAGUUUUAUUUUACCCGGUAUAUACCGGUACUUUAGUAUGUAAAAUUUGUUUUUUCAUUCAUCGAGUUCUAGCUGGCUCAGUGGAUUUAAAAAAUGUGACAAAUGUCCUCAAUUAAUAUUCAAAGUCACUCCAUUAAUAUAUUUGUUACAUUUAUGUGUAAUGAACACAUGAAAAUUGAUUAAUAUGCUUGUGUGACUUAAUUAUCACAGAAUAAGUUUGCUCUUGUAAACUGGGACAGCUAGUUUUCCAUUUUGGAAAAUAGUGUUUCAAUUAGAAUAUAUUAAGUGAAAUUAAAGUUUUAAAGUUUUAUGCUUGAUUUGUAACAUGCCUAUUAUGAUGACCAUAUUUAUUCAAAUGUCAUGAUUUUUAUCUGUAUCAAAACUAAUUGAAUGGGAAGUGAAUUUGUGCAUUAUUUACACAAAAUGUGAAUAACAUGUACUUGAGAAUUACACAAGAAUGAACCAUACAAGUGAUAAGAGGGAUUUUAUAUAAUAAUUUUAUAAUCUGAUUUCAGGAAUAAAUUUGUCAGGUUGAUCAUAUGUUUGCGAAAAAAAAAUUGGUACACAUGCAAACACAGAAUGAGCUAUUAUCUAUCAAUCUGGUCGGACUUGUAUAUAGUGAUGGUUACCUUAAAUUCUGUUAUUCAGUUGUUGAUUUAUUUACUAAUAAAUUGUUUAUUCAAUAAAA